AUGGAACUCACCACGCCAAGAGCCUUUCCCGGCUCCAAAGGCGAAAUGGAAGGGCUGCGAGUGGUUGUUGCAUAUGUUGUAUUAUUCCGUACCAGCGUUGUCGUCGGGGCGCAUGGCACAGCUAUGUUGGACACUGGGCGGCGGGGCAACGAACUGUACGAUGGGCCAAAGGCAGAGUGCCGACACUGCAUAUUCCGAACACCGCCAAACCCAAGGACUCAGACUCAAGAUAUGAGGAAAACGGUACGACACAGAGAUUUUACCGUUACAAGUGAUUGAGCUGUUCGACCUGCGGGGUUGAGAGAGAGAAUAAAGAGGGAAUACUCUAUCUGCAUGCCGGAUACGGGUUUAAAGCUAACAAUGCUGGAGGUGGGAGAGCUGGGUAUAACUAAUGGGUAAUGGGUACAAAGUGUGGUAACAUCAUCACACUCGGCACGCAGACAAACCUCUUACAACAGGACAAGGACCUCAGGUAAGAUGGUGUCCUCGGGUAUGCUCACAACUGCUCUGUCUGGAGGCAGGAGCAUCUGAUGCCCUGCGAACAGCGAAACAUCCAGCUUGAGGAGCUAAAUCUGCUCAUACUUUUCCUGGUGACUGUGAUGAUGGUUGCAAAAGGGCCAAAGGAGCAGGGAUGCGAGCAGAAACUUAUCUAUUUCCCCCAGGGUAACCUAGGACAGCUUGGUCCGAAAGCGGUGUCUGCAGCAGCGGCAUCUGAAUACUGGAAGGCAAAAUGACAGCCAGCUGACUGUUUGCAAUGUCUCAUUGACCGGGAUAGUAGGACUGUGCACGCCUUGCAGCUUGAUCCUGCGAUGCCAGCAAUUAAUAUAUAUGACUGCAUCCAAAGGGGCCUGGCCUGGCUGGAAGCAGGCCGGAAAGCAAGCUCUUCGU